AUGUCGCCAUUACAGAGUUCUUUCGCUGCUAUUGACCUGGAGAAGAAGCCGAACCCACCAAUUCAGAGUGACGAGACACCAAAGCCGCCCGUAACCACCACGUUUCCAAUCACGGCAUCCGAGGACAUCCCUAUCAAUAUUGAAGGUGAUUCCAAUCCAGUUCACCCCCUAUUACAAGAAGAAAGGCACGCUCGCUUUGCUGCGCGCGCCGGACUAGCAUCUCCUGGAUCGAGGAGUUCGCAAGAUUUGCCUCUGCGACAUUACUACAGUCAAGUAGACCUCGCUUCUUCCAAGCCUGGUCUGUCGGAACGUAACAAGGACACUCUAAAAACUCCCAAACGAUCGAGUUCACUUGUGUACACGCCCACACAUUUUACAAUAAUGCCAACAGGGACUCAAUCACCAGAACCGGGAACUAUACAUCCAACGUCGGAUCAACCUACUCUUAAUGCUUCCGCGAUUAAUUUGAUGCCUCGAAACAACAAUGUACCACCAGAAGCCGAGCUCGGUAUUCAUCCUGCGCACCGUUUGAAUGACCCCAAUUUUGCCACGACAAUGGCCCCGUCUCCUGGCCCUUCUACGAUCUCAUCAACAACCGAACAAGGCGCAACUCCUCAACCAAUAUCUACUGGCCCGUUGCACGCUAACUCUCCGCCGGCACGAUUCUCUCCAUCACCUAUUCCUCGGGUGCAAUCACCCAGCUCUGCCCGGUCUCGUCCUCCUGAUGGUCCACCUCCCCCGCCGCCUGUUCAGUCAGCGGAUUCAAGCGGGCAACCUAAAGUCUCUCACCCAACCCAAAUGCCCUUCUAUCUCAAUCCAGCUUCUUCCUCUGCACUCAUUGAUUUUCUCCAAAGCACGCCACCACCCUCGCCACCCCAUUCUGCCGCUCGCGCCGACACUGGCCCACCGGCAAAUACCAGCACCAGCAAUUUUUUCACCCAGCACUUUUCGAACCGUGGCAAUACUAGUAGUCCGCCUCCUCCUGGUCCUAGUGGACCACGCAUGGGUCCAUGGUCGGCUAGCACUAAUGAUCUGGCUAGCGGUAGAAUGAACGGAUCAAUGGGCACCCAACGGAAAGGUCUUGGCUGGAAAAAGAUGUUUAGUGGCCAUGCAAAGAGCACUAAAGAGCCAAAGGAAAGGUCAUCGAAGAAAAGAAUCAACUGGGGCAAGGAUACCACUGCAGAAGGCCUUAAUAACUUAGGGCUUACUAACGGAAAGACUGAAGACAGUAGAGAGAAAGACAGAGACGGCGGCUUCAUGGGAGUUGGCAAAGAUGGCGUCUGGAUAUCUCGGAGAAACUUCGUCCGGAACUGA